GUACUAGUGAAGAGGCACACAAUUAGCUUAUUGUUCCUUUCUGUAUUGUGCUGAGAGGAUCCAAGGGAUUGGUAGGGGAACAGGCGAGACAGGCAUCACUGUGGAUGUUGAAGAAGGGAGUUACUCAGACCUCAGCAUCUUCACUUGCUUGCUCUGGUAUUACAGCUAUUUAUUACUAAGCACUCUGUGUGGCUGGGUGGAGUGUGCCUGAGGAAACACAUCCCAGACACCACCUGGGGUUAGUCUUGCUGAGCCCUCCACGUCUCUGACUAAUUCUCGUCAUUAUCAUGGAACCCAACAGUCCCAAAAAGAUACAAUUUGCUGUGCCUUUAUUCCAGAGUCAGAUUGCACCAGAAGCAGCAGAGCAGAUCAGGAAAAGAAGACCUACACCAGCAUCGCUUGUGAUUCUCAACGAACACAAUCCCCCAGAAAUAGAUGACAAGAGGGUGACCAACAUGCAAGCCGAAUCACAGAAUGCAUCCCCUAAGCAAAGGAAGCAGAGUGUGUACACACCACCUGCCAUGAAAGGGGUUAAGCAUCUGAAAGGCCAGAAUGAAUCAGCAUUUCCUGAAGAAGAAGAAGGCGUAAACGAAAGGGAGGAGCAGUGGGACCAUUAAUCAUGGGUCUGCAGCAAGAAGGCUUCUUGGGAAUAACUGAACUAUUAACUUUUCUGAAUAUCCCAUGGAAUGCCACUGCUUGAUUUCCAGAAGCAUUCUCCAUCUCUGCUCUUCACACUCAUACAGUAUAAUACACCUCCUGGGAAGCCCUCCUUGAUUGAACUUUAGAACUAAGUACAGAUUGUUCCAUAUGACUUGCAAUUAAAGGAUAAGCAUUUA